AGACGAUCGAAAUUUGUUGAAUGGCCGACCAACACACCGCAUGUGACUGACGGAGUAUACUAUGGUUACUCUGCAACAAGUAGAACCACAGUCCGAAGUCUCAAAAAGAAGAUUAGCAAGAGAUUCUAUUAGAAAAGUAGCAGGAGGGUUGUUUUAUAAGACUAACUUUUGUUUCUGUCUUGAUGGGACAGCAGUGUGCCUGGUUUCAGGUGAUACCUUUACGGUAUAUCGCACUUGUCCUUCUCAACAAGGCAACGUCCAAAAUACUCAUUGGCAAAAAAGUUUUAUUUCUAAACCACACGAUAAGAGAAUUACGAAAGUUGCCAGUCAUCCGGUUGAUGGUGCCGUCGUUAUGUCAGCCAGUGAGGAUGGGACUUUGAGAAUAUGGGAUGUGGAAGAAGGAAGUUUGCAAAAAACUAUAGAUAUUGGACUACCCAUAGAACACUGUUUAUAUGAUACAAAGUUUACAGACACUGUGUAUUGUCUUUGUCGCAAGCUGGGUGCUGUAGAAAGAGAUUCCUUGUUGGACGGACAACAGUCAGAGAAGAAGACAAUAAGGAAUUUUGCUCGUGGACACAACUUGUAUAGAGUAAUAUCAGUGAAAAUAAGUAAUGGUAAAGUGUCCAAUCUCUUUCAAGUGAAGCGCCCUCGAUGCUUUUGUUUGGCUUCCUCUUCGGAACUUGUUCUUUUGGUCGGAACUGAUUAUGGACUGACCUGUUAUUUUUUGGAUAAGAAAGAGAACGGAGUGCUUCACAUGAGGCACUCAAAGCCUAUUCGUGCAAUGGCAUAUCAUGAGGAGACGGAUACAUUAGCGGUUGGAGAAGAGACUGGAAUGAUUCGCAUAUUUCGUUGCUUUGUGUCAACAUUAUCUAAACAAAAUGAUAUGCAUCCAAUUCAUUUUUUAAAUGCCUUAACGCAUUCAAAGUUUCAUUGGCAUUCACGAACAGUCUUAUCUUUAACCUUUUCUGUCAAUGGUGUGCGUCUCUUUUCAGGCGGUACAGAAGGUGUUUUAGUAUCUUGGAAAGUCAAUACAGGAGAGCACACAUUUCUUCCUAGACUAGGUGGAAGCAUUCGAUAUCUUAUGGUAGAUUCGUAUAGAAAUGUAAUCGGAGUCUCAAGCCAAGACAACAGCUUUAAAUUAUUGGAUGCUUCUAAUGGUGACCUUGUUUGCGAAAUACGUGGAGCAUGGUCUUGGACAGCUUUUCAUCCUCAAAGGAAAGACAAAGAAGCAAUGGAAUCAAGAGAUUCCUGGAUGGAUUUUGUAAAGUGCAUUUGGACAGCCAAUAGCACACCGAAACUAUUACUACCAGGUAGAACUGGUCGAUUGCAAAUAUUUGAUAUUUCACAAGAUCUACAUUUAAUGGAAGUCGAUUUGUUCUACUUCAAUUAUCAACCAACUUGUGCGGAAGACGCCAAGUGGAUUCCCUUUAUUUCUCAUUUAUGUGUGACCAAAGACAUGUCUAGUAUUAUUACUUUGGAACGGCGCCAUGUUCCUGAAGAUGAGUCUUUUCCACCGGAGUUUAGCGCACAAGUUGUUCAGUUUUAUGAGUUACAGUCUUCGCAUUACGUAUUGAAAAGCAGAAUGUUUAUUCAAUCCAAAGAUUCUUUUGUCUUGGAUAUGUUUUGUCAUCCUAGUGCUGCUAUGCUUUGUACAUUACAUAAGAAUGGGACUGUUAGAAUAUGGGCUCUUAAGAGUACACAAGAACAGCAGCAGCUGAAAUGGUAUUGUAUCCAUACAUGGAAAGGUUGUCAAACAGCAACCACCAUCCGAGGAGCUUUCUCUAGUGAUGGCAGUCUUUUGAUAAUUGCAUAUGAUAACUUGAUUUCUUUUUGGAAAUUGGAAGAAAAUGCAAGUCAUAUUUCAUUGUUGAGUGAAAAGAGCUUCGAUGUUGGUCAUAUUGCUUCGUUACAUUGUUUGGGUGGUAACUGCGGUAUCUUGAUUGUCACUACGGCUAAUAGCUUUCUCGUUGUUGACUUGAUUCAGAUGGAAAUGUUAUGGUCACAACAUGUUUCAGAGCCUAUGGUUGCUUGUGAUGAUGUCUCACCUCGUUUUGCAGUCGUCUAUAAGAAUAAUAUUGAUUCCAAUUGGAUGCCUCAAAUGCAAUGUGAAAACUCCUCAACUCGAAAGAGAUAUCACCAUAAUAAGAUCUGCAUCUAUGAACCUUUUUCAGUUGAUCCUCUGCACGUUUUAGAUGCAAAGGGAAUAUCUAUCAAAGCGGCUUUUUUUUCGCUCAUUCAUUUCAAUUUAAAUAUUCCUGAUCUUAUUUUGAUUGAUAGUGAACUACAAAUGUACGGAUGUUAUUUGAACUCUUCACAACAAGCCCAACCCGAAGAAUUACUCAAGGAUGAACAUAAGGCAUAUCAUAGCGAAGAAUCUGCUUACUUUCAUAUUCUUGGAGAGAAGUUGUAUCAUAGGGAAUCGACUCGUCUUCCAGAUACUUUACCUUUGGAUAAUAGUAACCCAAGUAUUGGCCAUCCCAACAAAGUAUUGGAGUUGCAAGAUGUUCCUAGUCACGUGUUGCCUGCACCACAUGAAUUGCUGAAUAGUUUGUUUCAUUUUCAUACUCUUCGUAUUCAUUCCACAGAAGAGUCUUCCAGUGACUUGUCAACAGAUAUCACUAUGGUGGAACGGAAACCUGAAUGGAACUUGAUGACAAAUGCAUUUCAAUUAGAUGAAAAGAAUCAUCGACAUUAUGGACAACGUCUUUGGAAAAAGUUGUUUCAAUUAAGAAGACCGACAUAACGUACAUAUUGAGAAUAGUAUAAAACAACCUUUUAAGUG